AUGCUUGGUCCUGAAAUAGUUACAUAAACGAUAAUAAAGAAUACAAAUUAAAUACCUAACGAAAUAAAAGAAUUAUACGGUAUAAUGCCUCAGGAGAAAAUAAUAAAAGAACCGGAAGAAAUAUUACACUGGUUAUCCAUAGGAACAUAAAAUAAAUCUGUCACAUAAACAAAGAUGAAUGAAAGAAGUAGUCGAUCACAUACAAUUUUUACUAUUUUUUUAGAAUAAAAACUCACUAAUGGUAUAUUUAAAUUAAGUAAGUUGAAUCUUGUAGAUUUAGCAGGUUCAGAAAAAUUAGAUCAUGCCUAAACUACAGGAUA